AUGGUCUAUUCGGAUCGAAUUUUAUGUGGUCCUAUGGUACGAAUAUCAAGUCUUCCGUUUCGACUAUUAGCACUUGAAUAUGGAGCUGAUAUUGUUUUUUCAGAAGAAUUAAUUGAUUAUCGUCUUACACAAUGUAUUCGAGUAGAAAAUGAUUUAUUUAAUACAAUCGAUUUUGUUGUACCUGGUGAAGAUCGACCUAUGUUACAAAUUCAUAAAGGUCGAGAAAAAGGUCGUCUUAUUGUUCAAUUAGGUACAUCCGAUGGUCAACGAGCUUUAAAUGCUGCUCGACUUGUAGAAAAUGAUGUCGCUGGAAUCGAUAUAAAUAUGGGUUGUCCAAAGAAAUUUUCUAUUCAAGGUGGAAUGGGUUCUGCAUUACUUGAUCAUCCGGAUAAAGUCAAACAAAUACUCGAAACUUUAGUCAACAAUCUAUCAAUUCCAGUCUCAUGUAAAAUACGUUGUUUACCUACAUUAGAAGCCACAAUAUCACUUGUACGUACAAUAGUAACAACAGGUGUUCAUGCUAUAACAGUUCAUGGUCGAACACGUGAUGAACGUAAUAAUGAUCAAUGUCGAGAAGCAUUUAUUCAAAGAAUUGUUCAAGAAUGUCCAUCAAAUAUCACUGUUAUAGCAAAUGGAGGAUCAACAGUCAUAUCAUCCUAUUCAGAUAUUGAAAAAUUUCGAUUACGAUGUGGUCCAUGUCAUGGCGUUAUGUUAUGCCAAUCUGCUAUGUGGAACCCAAGUAUAUUUCGACCGAAUGGUCUUCUACCGAUUCGAGAUGUUGCUAAACGAUUCCUUGAAAUAAGUCUUGAAUUUGAUAAUUUACUUCCAAAUAUGAAAUAUGUUCUUCAACGAAUGUAUGGUGUUGCUGAUAGUCAAAAUGUAUUUUAUGACAGAAUAUUAGCAACAGAAACUGAAGCUCAACUUUAUGAUUUAUUUCAUAUGAAAGAUGAAUACGAACAAUCAAUGAUUGGUGAACGACAAUUAUGGCGUGAAAAACUUCGAAGUCGUCUUAUGAAUACUUCAAAUGAAGACUCAGAAAAUAAUAUUAUUGAAAAAUCAGCAAAAUUUGUUCGAUCUGAAUAUCCGGCUUCAAUGACACCGAAAUCCAUUUUAAAUGCAUAUUGUAUUCAAGCACAUGUUGAUAAACCUAUUUAUCAUACUGAAGAAUUAAAACCACAGCGAAUUUUUCGAACAGUCAUUGAUUUUGAUGGUAAACGUUAUUCAACAGCAUCUUGGGAAAAAAAUAAGCAGUUGGCUGAACAAGGAACUGCUAUUGUUUGCUUACAAUCUAUUGGUGUUGAUAUAAAGAAAGCUAAAUAUGGCAUUAGUUAUAUUAAGACUCAUCUUUCUAACGAAAACAAAUUGUAA